AAAAUACAAGAUUUAUACGCGGUGCAUAAAUGAAAACCAUAUUGUAAAUCGAAAUUUGUAUUGUAUUAGGACUUUGGGGUAAUAGUGAUUAGGGAGUGUGUACAAAUCGAUUGUCAACCGAAAAAGGACCGUAAACAAACGUUUGUGUAAAACCAUAAAGCAAAAAAAUUACUCUCAAAGAAAAAGCAAAACAACAAGGUGUAUCGGCAGCGCGCGGCAUCUUGUCGACAGCGCUAAAGGCAGCGCUGCGUCAGCGAAAGCAAUGGAAUGGAAACGAAACCAAAGCCAUCCACCGUCGUUUCUGUGACCAAGCCAACUGCGACGCCGGCGUCAACGGCGGAUUUCUUCGGAUGCUGAUGGACUAACGAUGUUUCGGCGGGGUUGGUGCGGUGAUGGUGAUGCUGCUGCUGGCGGUGGUAUUGGUUUUGGUGCGAUGGUGUUGCUUGCUUUCUGUGUAGACGCCCAAAAUACCAACUAGUAGAUUCGCAAGAGAAACUGUAAAAUAACUGCACUCGAAUGAUGUUUCGAGGUCAUCACCUGCUCCUACUCCUACAACUCGUUCUCCGUCCAAGAGCAAACAAUUUAAUGUGCAGCAACAAAAAAAAUCAAGCAAAAAAAGGAGCAGCAGCAGAUUAAGUGAAAAGUUUUUACUAACAGCCAAACAUAAAGUUUGCAACUCUGUCAACCGCAGCGCAACGGCAACGGUAAACUAAGCAGCGGCGUCAGCAUCGACGUCUGCCAGCGGUCGCGCUGGCAACAAAAUUGAGAUGCCUGGACUUGUGGUCUUCAGACGUCGCUGGUCUGUCGGCUCCGAUGAUCUCGUGGUGCCUGGAGCAUUUCUCUUGACGAUACAUUUUAUAUGUUUUGUGAUUGUUAGCGUCUCGUUGGUUAUAUUUGAUUAUAAUACACGAAUUUUAAGCAUAAAACUAUUGUUCUAUCAUCUAAUAGGCUACUUGCUAAUACUAUUUUUUUCAAUAUGCGUAGAAAUAGGCAUCUGUGUGAUCUCGAUGCGUGGCAGCAUUCUGGAUGCCGAGGCGCGUAAUUCUAUCAAUAUAUGGAUAUAUCUCAAGAGUUUGGUGAUAUUAUUUGAUAUCGCCUGGCUGACGGUCGGCUCGGUUUGGUUGGGCCACUAUUAUGCCACAUCGCCCAUUGAUGAUCCCAAAAAGGUUUAUGUCGCCAUCAUCAUUUGCAAUUGGGCCCUGGUCUUGAUCACAUUGAUCACCAUCUGGUGCACCUUUGAUGCCGCCGGCCGUUCGUGGGUGAAGAUGAAGAAGUACCAGCGUUCGAUGCGCGAAACAGAGUCGCGCUUCAACUACAAGCGCAGCAAUAGCAUGAACCGCAACUGGCGACAGAGAAAAGUGAUGCGCGCCUAUCAGGAUAGCUGGGAUCAUCGCUGUCGUUUGCUCUUCUGCUGCAUGGGCUCAACGGAGCGUAAUCGCAACUCGUUCACGGAUAUUGCCCGCCUGUUGAGCGACUUUUUUCGGGAACUCGAUGUGGUGCCCUCGGAUGUGGUGGCCGGCCUGGUGCUGUUGCGAAAGUUCCAGCGUCUGGAGCGCGAGGCGAUUGUGAGGCAGCGAAAGAACGGCACCUACGAGUUCCUAAGCGGUGUACCCAUCACGGAGCGGACACAGUUCCUAGCACUCAACGAUGCCAAAAACUAUGACUUCUUUCAGACGGUCAUCCACUAUAUGUACUUUGCCCAGGGCGCCUACGGCUGGCCCAUGUACGUGAUCAUCAAUCGCACUAAAAUGUGGCAUCUAUUGCCCGAACUGAAAUGCUUUGGCUGCUGUUGUGGCAGUGGCGAUGACACGGAUGUCAUUCAGGACAACUGCUGCCUGUGCAACUAUGCCGCACUGAAGAAAACCCUCCAGCUGGGCGACAUCGACAUCGUAUAUGCCACCUAUCAUGUGGAUGUGGGGGAGACGCCGUUCUUUGUGGCCAUCGACUAUACACAGCGGUCGAUUGUGAUCAGCAUCAGGGGUACGCUGAGCAUGAAGGAUAUACUCACCGAUCUGAAUGCCGAGGCUGAGGUGCUGCCGCUGCAGCCGCCGCGUGACGAUUGGCUGGGGCACAAGGGCAUGGUCCAGACGGCCAUUUACAUACGGAACAAACUGCUCGAGGAGAAUCUCAUUGAGCGGGCACUGCAGCGCAACACAGAGCGGCAGACGCACACGUUCGAUCUGGUGUUGGUGGGGCACUCGCUGGGCGCUGGGACGGCUGCCAUUCUGGCGAUACUGCUCAAGCCAGAGCAUCCGACGUUGCAGUGUUUUAGCUAUUCACCGCCUGGGGGUUUGCUCAGUAUGCCUGCCGUUGAGUACUCGAAAUCGUUCAUCACUUCGGUGGUGCUUGGGAAGGAUGUGGUGCCGCGCAUUGGCCUCAAUCAAAUGGAAGCCCUGCGUGCGGAUCUCAUCAAUGCCAUUCAGCGUAGUGUGGACCCCAAGUGGAAAACCAUUUCCUGUUCGGUAAUUUGCUGUGGCUGCGGACCAGAGCCCACGUCUGUGGUGAAUAUGUCCGGCCAGGACACGCACAUCAAUCAGUACCAGGAGGAGCGUGGAACGGCCCGUUCGACCAGCGCCCAUCCGACGGACAGCUCAAUAGCUUUAACACUCCAUCAGCCCUUAUAUCCGCCCGGUCGCAUCAUACACAUAGUGCGGCAUCAUCCCAAGCCCGAUGAGCAAAAAUACGACAGUGGUUGGAGAAAUGUGCUAAAGAGUCGAGAGCCCGUAUACCAGGCUAUUUGGGCCGAUUCCACGGAUUUUGAUGAGGUCCUCAUAUCACCGGUAAUGCUGCAGGAUCAUAUGCCUGACAAGGUUCUGGCUGCACUCAAGAAGGUUGUAACAACGAGUGGGCCACGAAAACCAUUACGCCAGACCUCGAAUGCAUUCUCCACCACAUCCAAUGAAGGCCAAGAUACGGAUCAGGAGCCGCCCAAGCUGAGUGGUCACGACAAUGAGACCGAAGUGAAGCCGGAUCAGGGCCAGACCAUCUCGCACCAAUCGCAGAUGCAGACGCAGACGCAGACACUGCACUGCAAGCGUCCAUCGCAAAGUUCCUACACGAACCUGAGCAACUGCCUUCUGCUGACGCCGACGGCUCAGCACAAGCUCUGCCUGGAGACGUCCUUUACCAAUGGUUCAGCCAAGGAGCAGCUCCAGGCUCAGCAGCAGCGAAUCAUAUCCGCUGUGGGUGGCGGCAGCAAGGCCUCCUCCAUAGCGGGCAGCAUCUUUGGACGCAGCCAGAUGAGCAACAACACAACCACACCGUACGACAUAUCAAGCGCCCUGGAUGACAGCAUCACCACGGUGGCCAUGCGCCAGAGUCCAUCGCUGAUGAGUGAGACGGCCACGGUGAUUGUGAAUGCGGAGAACGAGAGGGCAGUGCCACGGCUGAAAGCGGUGGCCUUCGACAUGGCACUGACACCGCCGCCCUCGCUGCCCCUGCUUGGUCGCCAGCAUUCGGAAAGGAAGCCUCGAACGCUGCCGUUGGCCCAGGUGCCAGCCCUGCGCAGGGCCUCGGAUGCGGGCGUGGAUCUGCUCCACGACGAUUGGUAUGGCCUGGCACCGUUGGCCAGUCCCGAGACCCUCUCGGAGAUAUCCAGCGUCUCGUCUCGCACCAGUGUGCCCAUCAGCCUGGCCAACAGCAUCGAGCGGUAUCUUCAGCACAUGGGUGUCAGCGCCGUCAGCGCUCCAAAGGUACCGCUCGAGGACAUAUUCGAGUCGCAGAUGCACACCCCGAAGGUGAUGCGCCGUGCGCCCAAAUUCACCGAGAACCUGGCGGGCUGUGCCGAGGAUACCCGCAAUCUGGACCAGUACAAGCGUAUGGGCCGCGUCUUUGUCACAUUCCCACGCAUCUUUCCCGACCAGCAGCCGCACAGCCUGGACUCCAGCGACGACAGCUUCGAGUCCGCCUCGGCCCACAGCCUGCAACGGCUACAGCUGCCUCCAUCCGCGACUGUAAAGUGUGGGGCCAGCUCCAAGUCCGCCGAUCAGCUGGACGGCGAUCAGGAGUCGGCGCGACAGGCACCGGCAGCCAAGAAGCUCACAUUCAGUGACAGCGACAUCCUGGCCGAGGAGCACUGUCUGCGCCUGUGUCCGCACUGUCCCUGUGGCCGCGACGCGCAGCGCGGCUGCUGCACCAGAUCCGAUCACAGCCAGUGCUCCGAAGGAGGGACAAGCGGCACACUCGGACUGGGCUCCACGGACACGAGCUACUACAGCGCCAACUCUUCGCUGGAGCAGUUUGUUACGCCCGGCAGGCACCAGCAGCAGCAGUACCAGCACCAGCAACAACAGCUGAACGGCGUACUGCAUCUGGAUGAGAUUCUCAUGCGUCCCGGCGUGCUAGAGUCUCAUUUUCCGGUCAUCGGCGGCAGUGGUGGCUGCAUAGAGACCCCGGCUAUUGUGGCACCCGCCUCACCUUCGCCGCUUAGCAAUGGCAAGCGGCCGGACGUGGUCGGCGGAAGAGUUCGCAAGCGUCUGUCCUCGGAGGAGUUUGUUUUCACGCGCAGCGAGGAUUUACCCACUCUAGUACAAAUCGGUGAUAGGAGCAAUCAUAGCUCUCCAUCGGGACGCAAACGCAAGGGCUGCGUGUAUCCGGCCGGCACCAGCAUACGGAUCGAUGCCCUUGGCGCGGCUGCGUCCUCAUCCCCAACGUCCAUUAGUAAAUUUUCCCGCACUCGCGUGGCCAUUGGAGCCGGAGCAGGUGGUGUGGCCAAGAAAGCUGCCACAAAUAACGAAAGUAAUGUUUAAUAGUUGUAAGAAUGCAGUACCUUAUCCAGCCGAUGCAGACAGAUAACCGACAAACCAAUCAAUAUUCCAUUGCAAUUGCUUUACGAACAACAAACCAAUGCGAUUAAACAAACAAACAAAAAACAACCUAACAAUUUUUGCAUACCAAAUACCUAAGAAGUUUAGCGUUAACACUGGCGUUUAAUAGUGAAUAAAUGCAAUAUACAUAUACAUAUAUAAAUAUAUUUUUUUGUGCAGCCAACUGGCUAAAUUGAG